AUGGGCGACUACUCCCCAAACCGGAAGCGGUCCACGCCUGCAGCCGCAGCGUCAACUGAGUCCCUAAAGCAAGAUAUCCAGCCCGACCCAAUCCCAGUCAUCUCCCCGGUCCCAGGCCCUGUCUUCAACACAUCUCCACUAUCAUUUCCAGUAGUUUCAGAUCCAGUAUCCGAGCCUCCCAGCUCAUUGAAUGCUAUCGAUGACGUUGAGGCAGAGAAAGGGGACGGAGACUUGGAAGUCGAUCGACCCGGAUCUUCAAGCAACGGCAGAAGACCAGCUGUCGAAGAGGACGAAGACAGCAGAAGCGAAGACCGGAGUGACCUGGGAGUCGAAAACCCAGAAAAAGGAGCACCCCGCUUGACAGCUGCCGAAAAAGGGAAGGGGAAAGUGGUUGAGCUGCCUGAAGAAGUGAAUGAUUUGAUUAAUGAUUUGCCUUUGGAACCUGUGGACGAGAGUAGUUUCAUCGAGAUGCCUUUAAAAGACACGGCGGAUGAGGGAAGGAAUAAGGACCAAGCAGAGGGAGAGAGUACUCUGAACUCUGGGCUAGGUGAUGAGGUUGUUGCGGUUGAGGAAGAAGACAAGACCCACAAGGAUACACCUGCUGCUCCCGGUACAGCGUCUAUAGUCAUCGCCACAGAGCCCGGAGAGGAAGAGGACGAAGAUGAAGACAAAGAGGAAGAGAAAGACGAAGAGGGAGAAGUCGGCCAGCGACCAAGCAAAGGCAUCGAGCGUCCUGUUAGCCGCCGCGGCACACCCAAAACCUUCACUAUCGUCCGCCUCAUCGAACAUACUAACAAGAACGGCGACGCGGCCGUCAGACCAGCCAUCAGAGUCGGGGAUCGCGCGCCGUGGUUUAGAGUCGACUACGGCGACUUCCUACUCGACCUCUCCACCCCACGAUCAGAAAAUGCCCAGGUAAGAAACUACCAGGGACAGGAAAGAUAUAUCCCGCGGCGCAUGCUGCAGCCCAUCUACCAACCGUGGGACAUCCCGACCAGAAUCAGGAUACGGGAUGAUGGUGUUCCGCUCCCGCUGGCAUUUCUGCUGGACGGGAAAGUGGCAGUGGGGAGUAAGGGGAACGUGAGCUUCGAGACGGGAGAAGCGGUGAUGGUUAUGGGCAAGCUGGAUGGGACGGUGAAACAGGAGGUUUUGGUCACGGAUUAUGAGCGGCAUGCUGGGAGCUUUGAGAUCUCGGACCUGGAUCAGAGUUCGGUAGGCGCGCCAUGGGGGUUGUUGGUUCAUGCGGAAGAUUUGAAGGCGGCAUGGACAAAGGCUAGUGCUCCAAAACUACAGAAAGUGCCGAAGAAGAGGGAGAGGAGUGAGGAAGAUGACGAGCAGGAGGAGGAGGAGGAGGAAGAAGAUGAUGGGGGCCAGGGGCCGAUUGAGAAGCCUGAUACCGGGAAGGGGAAGAAGGGGCAGAAGGCAAACAAGAACGAUGCAGCUGAUAGAGAGGGAACGAGCAAUAAACCUCUCACUAAGAAGGCACGGAGGACUAAGAAGGUGAAGGUGUUUGAGGAAACUGAAGAUAUUGAGGAUCCUGGAGCGGGACCGAGUGGAGUAGAAGUUCCUGAGACAGAGGAAGGUAGCAAGCAAACGGCUUUGGGCAGAGCGGCGAGGAAGAAGAAAAGAGACGCCAAGAAGAAGAUUACUGCGAAGAAGAACACCGGGAGGAAGGAUGAUGGUGAGCCUGACUUGAAGACGAUGCUGGCGCAGCUGUAA